CUCUUCAAUGAGAACGACGGCUGCGUGGCUGGGCGAGCGUUUCCACCGGGUGUCACGUUUCCGUCGACGGAAAUAAAUGCGACCGAGUGCGUGUCCCUCGCGCUCCGUAGCCUCCUGCGUCUCCCGUGGCUCGUGGAACGUCGUCGCGUAGUGAGAGUUUUAGCGCGGACCUCUGACGCUUCCAAAGGCGUUACCUGCCCCCCGAAGAUCGCUACCAGGUGUUUUCCGCGAUGCUGGAGAACCUCCUCUGCGCGGGGUGAAUGGAGAACGGAGGGUCCUGUGACCGGUGAUCGGGAUUCCAUCACCCGGUACGCGGCUCCUCGAUGUUUUGGACGUCUUUGACUAGUUGCUUUGAGGGGGCAUGCGAGUGGUGGGACGAAUUCUUUGUCGAAGGGAAUUCUUUUUCACGGUGCGAUUGAUGGGAGGGUUGUUGACGAAGAUUUGCGUAUAAUGUGCUGCCUAGAUAUGUACACAAAUUCUUCAGAACAUUGUGGAAGUAAACGAUAUUACUCGUGCAGACCUUGACACUGUGUGGAUAAAGUGAUUUUAUCUGUUCUUUUAUAUAUUCUGGUUAUUUAAGAAAUGUGAGGACCAGGAACCCCGAAAAGGAAUAACUUCACGUUAAAACUCUUGGAAUGAUACCAAAUUUGACUUCUUCUCGUUCAUAUAAAUUAUUUUCAAAAUCAGUGAACGUUGGGGUGACGAUGCAAGAGUGAAGUUCGCCAAGUUUUGUGGAAUUUAGUUCUCGAUUACCGAAAGUGUUCCAAGUGAAGUGACUGAAGAGUGAGACAUUCUUCCGGAGAUUCUUGCCCCGGAAUAUGUGGAUUCGCGAACGCCCGGAGAAUUGAUCGAGAGUUCCAGGAAACUAAUCGGCUGUCUCUCGAGCGUCCCUGGAGUACCCCAGUAUAUUUGUUCCAUCAACUGUACCUAAAGAGCUUCCAAACAACGUGACGACCAGCCGAGAAGCUGGUCGGGCUCGUCGAUCGUGUGUGCGAUGAAAAUCGCGCGAACGUUUAAUCCCCGCGCAGUUAAGCCGAAGUAGACGAUGAUCGGGCGUGUUUCCAUCGAGUGUUGUUGCUACGUGCAGCGUUGAAACUGACGUACGAUCUAAAAAUCGAUCGGGCAACCCGAACGGGUCAGGGAUCAUGCCGAUCGAGUUUGAGCACGGUCACUAGAGACGAUGGCCCGUCGCGUUACGCGGCCGAAGACAACUGCUAAUCUUGGUGCUCGCCCGUGCUAGUGACUAGCCAGUGUCAAAGUAGGAUUAAGUGUGCAACGAGACGUUCGUGAAUCUGCGCCACAAGUCUGCCAAGCUGCCACCUGCCUGCACCUAUGGGGGGAAGCAUGCAACACCGGAGGAAACUCUUUCAAAUCCCAAGCGAGACGCUGAGAGCUGAACCGCACGAGAGACUGGGAAUUCCAUCCGCCAUCGCGAGUUGCAGUGACGAAUGCAGCGCCACGAUGACGCGAGCACUAGGACGAUGGAGACGACGAUCUCGCGUCGGGACACAACAUGCCCUGAGGCUGAUCGUACAGAUCCUACUAAUACAGAGUCUCGCUACCGCCCAGAUAGCCAAGUGCCCGCCCCCCGAGACUAUUCCAGGCUGUCCUUGUUACAAUAUUGAGGAUGGUUUUUUCCUAGAAUGCGCUGGCGCUACCGAGGAAACCCUGAGGACCACUAUGCAGGGCGUUCUGAACGCAGGCGGAGCCGGUACAAUGGUGCAGUCGUUGAGCGUUUACGAGCUGGACAAAAGCGUGGAGGAAUUGAAAGACAGCUGCUUCCCGCCCGGCUCUCAGAUCAGACACCUACAAAUCUCUCACUCGUCCCUCCGUGAAAUUAGCGAGGGAGCGUUCACGAAUCUGAGGGAUAGCCUGGAGUCGUUAGCUCUGGUGUCCAGCCGUUUGUCCCACGUGCCGCAGAAGUCGCUGGCCAACUUGCACAAGUUGGCCGCCUUGGAUCUCGAGGCCAAUUUGAUACAGGACCUCUCCUCGUACUGCUUGUACGACCUGAAGUUGAUGAAGCUGACGCUGAAGGGCAAUCAGAUAUCGAAGAUCUCCGAGUACGCGUUCGCAGGUUUGGAGGACAGCCUUAGUGAUCUGGACCUGGCCGAGAACAAGUUGAAAAUGUUCCCCAUGGCGCCUCUGAGGAGACUGGAGAGCCUGGCGUCUCUUAGACUCGCCUGGAAUGAGAUAUCGGAGCUACCCAAUGGCAAGUACAGCCGACUCAGCUCGCUGUUAAUCCUGGACUUGAGCAGCAAUAACUUCGAGAAACUGACCGAGGACUGCUUCUGGUCGUGUCCCAUUUUACACACCCUCUCGCUUUAUUACAACUCGAUCGAAACCGUUCACAAGGACGCGUUCGUCUCCCUCAAAGACCUAGAGUCGAUCGAUCUCAGCCACAACAAGAUCGUGUUCCUCGAUAUAGCCACGUUCAAAGGGAACGAAAGGCUACGCACCAUCGAGCUGAGCCACAAUCACAUUCACUACAUCGGCGGGGUUUUCGCGAGGAUGCCGGAGUUGAGGGAACUGUACCUGGCGGAGAACAAUAUCCUCGAGAUCCCCGGUGACGCAUUUAUCGGCAGUAUCAGCCUGGCGGUCGUCUACCUCCAGCAGAACGCCAUCAGAAGAAUCGAUGGGAAGGGACUCACCAGUCUCACGCAAUUGGCCCAAUUAUAUCUUAGCAACAACUACAUCGAGAAGGUGCCGCGAGAGUUUCUCGAGCACUGCGGAAAUCUCUCCUCUCUGUCCCUAGACGGAAACAAGAUUCGCGAGCUGCAACCAGGCACUUUCCUGAAAUUGUAUCAAUUGAGGGAGCUACGACUGCAAGACAAUCACAUCACCGAGGUGAAGCGGGGGGUUUUUUCACCCCUGCCGUCGUUGCUGGAGCUUCACUUGCAGAACAACGCCAUCACCGACAUGGAGACCGGCGCAUUGAGGACGCUGAACAGCCUACAGCAUGUUAAUUUACAGGGAAAUCAGCUGACGGUGUUGGGCGACGUGUUCCAGUUGUCCACCUCCGAGUCGUCCUCUGGGGGGAGUUCCUUGGUGUCCAUUCAGUUGGACAGCAACGGAUUGGCAGUGUUGCACAACGAUUCUCUGCGUGGACAGGCUUCGGUGAGGAUCAUGUGGCUGGGUCACAACAGGUUAACGCACCUACAGGCACCCCUCUUCAGAGACUUGCUUCUCGUAGAGCGGCUGUACUUGACCAACAACUCGAUAUCCAGUAUCGAGGACGGCGCCUUCCAGCCGAUGCAGGCUCUGGAGUUCUUGGAGCUGAGCAUGAACAAGCUCAGUCACAUCACCGCGAGGACGUUCUCCGAAUUGCACGAACUCGAAGAACUAUAUCUCCAGGACAACGGCUUGAGGAGACUGGACCCCUACGCCCUGACCGCUCUUAAGAAACUCAAAGUGCUCGACCUGGCUAACAAUAACCUGACCGUGUUGCACGACGCCAUGUUUCAAGAAGGCCUACCUAUCAGGAUCCUGAACUUGAAGAACUGCUCCAUCAUGAGCGUGGAGAGCAGCGCCUUUCGUGGCCUCAGAUAUCUAUCCGACCUCAACUUGGAUGACAAUCUCCUCACAGCGUCAGCCUUAUUGAAUCUACAUAUUCCAGGGUUGAGCACUCUUGCCGCGUCUGGUAAUAACUUCAGCCAAAUCUCCGAACACAGCCUGAACGGGCUGCCGUCCCUGCAGAAACUGUUGCUGGACGACGCACAGAUUUCCCAACUGCCAGAGAUCAUUUUCGUACUGAAUCGAAACUUGGCACGCCUGCAUCUCAAUAGGAAUUACCUUCGCAGCCUACCACCCGGUAUUUUCGACGGGCUGUUAUCCCUCUGGGAAAUCCGGCUGGACCACAAUCAGUUUCAGGAUAUCCCGUAUUCCGCGUUGGCCAGCGCCCUCAAUUUGGAAAUCCUCACGUUGUCCCACAACGAAAUUACGAACGUAAACGUGGCCAGUUUCGCCAGCCUGAAGAACCUGAAAGAGUUACACCUCAGUCACAAUCAAAUAGAGACGAUGUCCGGCUUCGCCAUGGCGAACCUGUCGCGCCUCAUCUCCGUGGAUCUCAGUCACAACCACCUGAACGCUCUUCCGGCCAACUUCUUCGCUCAUUCCUCCAUGCUGCGCAAAGUAGAUCUAUCAGAGAACAAGUUCAGACAGAUUCCAGCAGUGGCGCUGUCGGGUCAGAACCUUCCCGCGCUGCGCUGGCUGAAUCUGACGAGGAACCCGCUGAAUAGAAUCCACGAUCUCGCGUGGGACGCCAUGUAUCCUAUCCUUCAAGAAGUUCACAUAUCGGGUACCAAUUUGAGCAUAGUCACGUCUCAAGACUUUGAAGCGUUUCCCGCUUUACUGCAUCUCUACUUGAGCCAGAAUGGCAUCCUCAGGGUUUCGCCAGGAGCUUUUAGGAGCUUGCCUAACCUCUUAACGUUGCAUCUUGGAAUGAACAGCUUGGAGAUCCUCCCCAAGGAGAGACUCCAGGGCAUGGAGUAUCUGAGGAUUCUAAACCUGACCCACAAUCGACUGAAAGAGCUCGAGGAAUUUCCCCAGGACCUCAAGUCCCUUCAGAUACUGGACCUUUCGUACAAUCAGAUAGGAAUCGUAGACAAGGUGACGUUCAAGAAUUUGGUCAGCUUGGAGGAAUUGCAUCUCUACGGGAAUUGGAUUAACGCUAUCUCCAGCGAGGCGUUUAGACCCUUGAAAAAACUGAGAUUGUUGGAUCUCAGCAGGAAUUACUUGGAGAAUCUGCCGCUGAACGCUUUUCGACCGCUGGAGACGCAGAUACGGAGCUUGCGUGCUGAAGAGAAUCCGUUACACUGCGGCUGCGAGUCGCAAGAACUCUGGGAAUGGCUGAGGGACCAUCAGAAGCUGGUUAGCGGAGUGGGUGGUGGUCGCGGUCGCGGAAGAAACGGCGUCGGUGUCGGAGACGUCGAGGGUGGUCUGCUGAGAUGCGAACAACCGCCGGAACUACGCGGUCUGGUUUUCCUCGAUCUCGACCCUCACGCUUUCUGCUCCGUUCCACUGGUUCUGAAGCUCGCCAUUCAGGAUAUACAGCCUUUCUCCGUCCUCGUGUCCUGGCAGAGCAGAAACCAUUCUGGACUACAUGGCUAUCAAGUAGCCUAUCACGCCCUGGACAACGUCGAUGAAGUGCGGGGCAAGCUCCUCGACCCAAAAGCACGUUCGGUGAGACUGACAAAGCUGGCGUCGGACACGCGGUACCUGAUUUGCGUCCUUGGCCUCGGCAGCUGGGGCACACCGAUCCCCGAGGACAUCGGUUCUUGGCAAUGGAAUGCCUCCCACGACGACGUGAUCGAGGGUUCCGCCCUACCCGUGAUGGUCACCUCGCCCACGAGUCUGUGCACGGAGGUUCGGACCCUGGACGCGCCGGACUCGAUAGUAGGGGAUGGGACGAUGAGCGACAGAGGGGGUCUGACCAGCAUCCUGACUAGAAGGCUGGGCCUGAUAGUCGGUAGCUGCAUGGGCUUCGUCGUGUUCGUGGUCCUGAUCUCGGUGCUGGGCUACAUGAAGAUGAAGAAGCAGAGGUCCACGGAAAAAAGGGAUCAGCCUCUGUCCUCAAAUCCGCAGGCCUACAUGACCUACAGGCAUUACUCGCUGCAGAGCGGCGACAGGGCGGACAACGCUUGCCCCAGCUUCAUCAGCAACAUCGGAACCACGCCUCUGAACUCGUAGCACAUACCGAAGGAGUCUCGCAAAGAGGCUGAUCUCCGCGGUAUCGAGAUGAAGACCGCCCCUAACUGCGUGGGCCUCUUCGGAUGAGUGCCCUGCCGAGCGAACCCACCGAGGAAUGUCGACAAAUGACGUCCCCUAAUUGCAACGUGCCACCCUCGUUUCGUUCUUCGAGAUUCGACGUUUAUCUGGGUACACCGUAGAGGUGUGGGUGCUCGGUAGUAGCCACGGACUACUCGUGUAGGUAGCUACGAAUCGACGCUGGUUUCGAUCAAGUGCCAAAAACUGAUACGCGUAGAUCCCGACCAGAACUUGGCGAGCUAGUUUCGCCUGUCGAUCCGUCUGGAGGUUUUCGAAGUGUCAGUGAAGGACAUAACCACUGCUCGCGUGCCAAAAGUUUCGAAGACUCGAUUCACCGGGUCGGAAACCCUUUGGGAACAAAGGGACCUCGACGGGCGCUGCUCGGUCGACCGAUUAUCCGCGGACCUUAAUUUCUAACAAAUACGCGCGACGUUGUCUGUUGCUGAACAGAUCCUCCGACCAUUCACGUGAACCGAACAACGACGUAAACGACCCCUUUUUGGAACAAUUCGAAUCUACUCCUACGAAGACUGAUUUUUUAAUGCCGUUUUCCCCUCAUUAACUCCGACGCUCACGUUGUAUGUACGAUACCGUCACACAGACACACGCAAACACACUUUUUUUUGUAAAUAAUAGUCUACGGAACGUGACUUAACAAUGUUCGUAUUGACGCUCGUAUAUCCCGAGAGGAGAUAUACUCUUAUAGUGCUGCGCAAGCAAUAUUACACUUACUCGUAUCGAUAGUCCCAAACGAUCAGCACUAAACUUAAUUAAGAAGCGAUCUUCUAGAAGACUCGACGUUUCUUUAUUUCCUUUCUCACACUUUCUCUCUCUCUCUCUCUCUCUCUCUCUCUCUCUCUCUCUC